AUGAGCUUGAAUCGCGCCUACACUUACUACACUUUCGCCAACCUUGAUGGUAACAGGGUUUCCCACGAUGACGAGCAUAGGAAGAAACUAGUGCUUUGCGCCAUGAAGACGGAGGACAACAGCCUGCAUGAGGUUGCGGCGUUGUUUUUCAAGCAACAAGAAAGGAUCAACAGUGACAAUGGCAAGGACGUUUCGCCUAUCGUUGUGGUGGCGAAUCAGCUCAUCAAAGCGGGUUUUGGGCUCAUGAGUGCUUCUCGUGGUGUGGUGGCGGAUGAAGAUGAGAUUUGUUAUGAAGAUGUCCCAGAGAUGAACAUGCAACAGUUGAUGGAUUUCGAUGCCCUUGGUGGUAUGACCAAACAGAAGGCUCGACAGGUUUUCAAUCGGAGCAACAUGGAGAUGACCAAGAGGUAUUCCUCAAAGGUGGGUCAAAUCUACCAGCUCUUUGAUGACAUCACGGCGAAAAAGAAUGCACCCAAAUGGGCUCGCGGGGUUACCCAACCUAGCAAAAGUAACACCCUUGGAAGCAAGAUUGUUCCUAUUGUGGUUGAUGAAUUUGCAGGCAUUGGUGAUAAGGAAGUUGAGGCGAUUGGGAUGAACGAUGACGUGUGUGCUGUGCGUGAUGCCUUCCUUGCGGAUGAGGCUGACGUUGCAUUGACGUUGUGUGCUUUGGAUGAUAACAAGCGUGAAGCAGAUGAUGAUGGUGACAAACAGAAGGCUAAGAAAAAGCAGAAGACUACACAGAAAAAGGUGGUGGUUGAUGUGGGUGUCACCAAGAUGGACGUCUAA